AUGGACAAGAUCGCCACCUUUGAUAGCACCAUUAUCCCAGUCAUUCUGGGUCCCACCAUCGAUGCGUUUACGCCCCUGCUUGAGGCUCGCCGCGCCGAUAUCGAGAGCAUCCCCUCCAAGACCUUCAAGUAUGGGGGCACCGAUCGGCAUCAGCUCGACGUGUACUACCCCCCAUCUGGGGCGGGGUCUGGCAGCAAGAUGCCCGUGCUGUUCUUCGUCUACGGAGGCGGCUUCACCUCCGGCGAGCGCAAGCUCGAACCAACGAACCUGGUGUACACCAACAUCGGGGCAUUCUUCGCGCAGAGAGGCAUCAUGACCGUCAUCGCCGACUACCGCCUCGUCGGCCAGGGCGGAAAGCACCCGGAAACCGUCGAGGAUAUCCGCGACGCCAUCACCUGGUUCCUCGCCAACCAGUCCAUCGUCGCCGCGGCGGGCGGCCUCCCCGCCUCGACCCCGCUCGACGCCCUCGUCGUCGCCGGGCACUCCGCCGGCGCGAACAUCGCCGCCUCGCUCUACCUCUCCCCCGAGAUCACCCCCGUCGGCUCCGCCCUCCGCGCGGCGACGAAGGGCCUCGUCCUCGUCGGCGGCGCGCUCCAAUUCGACCUCACCGGGCCGCCGAUGCUCCAGCCCGGCCUGCUCGCGCAGUACUACGGCUCGAACGAGGCGGCGAUGGAGACGAUGCCGACCGCACUCGUCGCGCGCGCACCCGCGGAGCUGAUCGCGAGCCUCCCACCGGUGUUCGUGCUCAAGAGCGAGCACGAGCCGCCGCCGAUCCACGCGGCGUGCGACAAGUUCGCGGUGGACUUGGGCGUGCGGCUCGGACGUGCGGUGCGGUGUGAGGUUAUGAAAGGCCACAACCAUGUUAGCUUCGCCUGGAGCUUCGGGAGCGGGGAGGGGGAGGAGCAUCCGGAGUUGAUGGCGGAGUUUGUGAAGGCGCAGAUCUGA